AUGGCUUCCCUAUCGAUUUCUUUUAUGGGUGCUGUCAAACUUUCAUGUGGGCUGCGAGCAAAUACAAGAUCUGAGGCUAAAUUUUCAGUGAGGCAAAUUGGGCCGAGAAUGGUAGAGAGGGGAGGUGGAGUGAAGGUGAAAAGUGGUGAUGGAAGGAGUGAAAUGUUAUCAGAGAUUAUAGUGGAGAAAGUGAGCGAGGCUGAGCAAAUUUGUGAAGGAAAGGAGACAUCAGAAGAGUGUGCAGUGGCGUGGGAUGAAGUGGAGGAGGUGAGUCAGGCCAAGGCUCAUUUCAUCUCCAACAAAUGCUCAAAUGAUCCUUUGGAAGCUUACUGCCUUGAACAUCCAGAUGCUCAUGAAUGUCUCAUAUAUGAAGACUAA